AUGUCGUCCAGAGUCACUCGCUCGCAAAGGCGCCAAUCCGCCAACACCAACGACACCUCGCCCCCCGCUGCUCCCCCGACCGCAACGCAACCGCCGCCCGCCCCAGCGUCCCGCAAGCGGAAGACGUCAGCGCGCGACCCCAGCCCCGACCCAGCAGACAACCCAGAGUCUACUCCCAAGCGCCGCGCUACCAAGACCAAGAAGGCCAAAGGCAAAGCCGCCAUGUCUUCGUCUGGGUCUGUGCCAAUUGCCCCAGCCGGCGAGCAAGCGCUGACCGAAGACAGCCCACCAUCAGAUCCUAUCGACGAGAAGUCGACGCCACAGCCCUCGAAGCGAUCCAAGAGCGGCCGCAAGACCAAGUCCUCAAACGCCGCGCCCGACGCCGAUAGCCCCUCCACGUCCCGCCGAAGCUCGCGCAAAUCGAACAAGGCCGAGGACGACACAACCAUGGACGAUGCUCCCGCAAGCAAGCCCGAAGAGGAAACGCGCCAGUCUGGCGAAGACCAUACCAGCGAUGACGAGAACGGCGACGAUCACGGAGAGCGAUACGAUGAGGAAGAUGACGAUGAUGACGACGAUCCCUUCACCAGCGGCUUCCUGGGACGCAAUUCACACAGCCUGUCUGCGCUUAGGCAGCUCACCGGCAUGAUGGCAGGUACCACACAGCGUCUGCGGGGCAUUCUGGACCAGCUGCGAUCGCCAGACAUGUCUAUACAGCUGAUUGCGCUGCAAGAGCUGUCCGAAGUGCUCCUCAUCUCCACGGAAGACAACCUGGCCGGCCACUUUUCCCCCGAUGCCUACGUCAAGGAACUGGUCAAGCUCAUGCAGCCGAACGAGUUCACAAUGGAAGAGAACCCGGAGCUUAUGUUGCUCGCCUGCCGAUGCUUGGCCAACCUGAUGGAAGCCCUGCCUCAAGCCACCGCCAAUGUCGUUUACGGUGGAGCCGUGCCCGUCCUUUGCUCCAAGCUGCUCGAGAUCAACUUCAUCGAUCUGGCCGAACAGUGUCUGAGCACGCUGGAAAAGAUUUCAGUUGAGUUUCCGGGAGUUAUUGUACGGGAAGGCGGUCUUACAGCGUGCUUGACCUUCCUCGACUUCUUCGCCACAAGCACACAGCGUGUAGCCGUCACAACCGCAGCCAACUGCUGUCGGAACAUCCCAGAGGAUUCCUUCCCGGUAGUGCGCGAUGUUAUGCCUAUUCUUGAGAAUAUCCUGAACAACAACGAUCAAAAGGUUGUAGAGCAGGGCUGCAUCUGUGUCUCUAGGAUCGUCCAGAGCUUCCGGCAACAGGAGAGCAAGCUCGAGGAGCUGGUCAGCCCAGGUCUUCUCAAAGCUAUCCUGCGACUUCUGCUCCCGGGCAGCACGAAUCUUAUUGGACCUAGCAUCCACACUAUGUUCCUGCAGGUUCUGGCGUACACCGCCAAGGCAAGCCCGCGUCUGUCAGCUGAGCUGUUGAAGAUGAACGUGGUCGAUACUCUGUACCAGAUCCUAACCGGUGUUUCGCCUCCUAGUGGCACUGAGGACGUCGCAGCUAAAAUUGACUCUGUCGUCAUCAUGCAAGCCUUGAUUCACCGGCCCAAAGAUCAGGUGUUCGAGACGUUGAAUGUUAUCUGCGAACUGCUGCCCGAUGUCCCGACCGAGGGCCUGAUGUACCUUGACGAUCUCUUCGAUGCCGGCUACCCAGGCGACGACCUUCUUCCACUCUCUUCCACUAACAAGAAGACCACCAAUGAGAAACGCGUCGAGCUGUUGGAAGAUUGCAAGGCAGAGGUUAAGCGCUUCGCCGUAAUCCUUCUGCCUACUCUGACAGACGCUUACUCAAGUACUGUCAACCUCAGCGUACGCCAGAAAGUGCUUACCGCUCAUCUCAAGAUGUUGUCAAAUCUGGACACCGAUAUCCUAGAGGAAGCUCUACGGCCGGUACCCUAUGCUUCGCAUCUAGCAUCGAUCUUUACGCAGCAGGACCACCCAUCUUUGGUCACAUACGCGUUACAGGCUGCCGAGCUAUUGCUUAAGCGGCUGGAGCCCAUCUACCGGUACCAAUUCUAUCGCGAAGGUGUUAUAUCCGAGAUCUCACAACUGGCGAACCGUCCAUGCAAAUCGUUGGAGACCAAGCCCAAGGAUCCCAAGUCAGCGGUAGAGACAGAGGCUGCAGCUGACUCAGGUGCUAGCACCGUCUCUACUGCCGAACAAGACGCUGAGCGGGAAGCUGCCCAGUCGAGUGACGGUGUCGACGUGGAAAUGCAGUCUGACGAUGGCGAGGACGUGGAUCCUGACGAUGAACCAAAUGAAAGCAGCCAGAACCGAGACGAGGACGAUGAGUCAGACUCUUCAUCGUCCUCUGACCAGCGGGAGCCACUACCGAUGCCCGACGUCGAAGACAUCAUCACGCUCCGUGCUAAGAAGUUCAUCGACGUUCACGAGAAGGAAUCUGAUAAUUCUAUACGCGAAAAGGCGUCUGCGGUCCUGGAGGAUUUGAAAUCGCUUGCUGGUGAAAUUAAGAAGUGCGUUGCUGAUGGUGCCACAAGCGACUGUAUGAACUUGUUCACUAGACUGGCAUCUUACUUUGAAGGCGAUGCGUUAGAAAGCAUCACGAGCUUCGAGCUCAAGACAUCGAAGAUUGUGGAGGUGCUCUUGGAGCUGUUCUCGAUGUCUACAUCUGACAAGAAGGUCGACCCUAGGCCUAUCUUCUUGGAAGCCUUCAUGGGAGGUAGCGGCCAGAGCAAGAUCAAGACCGCGAGCACUGCGUCUCCAGCUACGCCUUUCAGCGUGUUGGUCCAUAAGCUGCAAGAUCUGCUGAGCAGGUCUGAACACUUCGACGUGAUUACUGUUCAUCAAAACAUGUACGACAGCCGAGGCAGCGCAACUUCCAUGCUAGCUAAGCAAUUGAGGCUGAAGCUUGUCGCCGAUGACGAUUCGGGAAUUCCUAAGACGUACCGCAAUAUCAUGGUGUCUAUUCACGCCAUUGCUACAUUCAAAGCCCUAGACGACUACCUUCGACCCCGCAUCAGCCUGGCAGAUAGGCCACGCCCAGCUAAGACUCGCGACCAGUUCCCAUCUCGGGAUCAAUUUGAGGCCAUGUAUGCUCAAGCUGUUUCGGAAGGACGCGCGCCGCCACCACCCCACACCCCUUCCGAUUCGUCACACCGUGCUUCAAAGAAGUCUUCGCGAUCCAAGGCAGCUCCGACCGACGCAUCCCAGCCAGGACCGAGCUCCGCCACACGAGAGAAGUCUCGUCGAUCGAGUCGGCGUCAACAGGCGCAGCUUCCUCCACCCCCGCCACCACCUCCAGCCAAGCCUCACUCGAACAGCAGCCAAGAUCAAGUUGAAUGUGCUGAUGAGGCGCAGCUCUCCGACCAAGAUUCCAUGGAUGACGAGAGCGCCUUGAAUGCCAUCGUCGAUGAUCUUGAGGAUGAGCUGGAUGAGGAUAUGCCAGAUCCAUCGGCUGUCAGUGUCGAAGUCGCAUCGACAGGGCAAGCCACGGCUCGUGAGGAGGACGGCACGCGGAUUGCUACACCCGUACAAAACACACCGCUGGCUAAGCCACCUUCCGAAACCCGAACUCCAACGUCGCGUCUGUCUGCCUUGCUACAGAGCUCGGCUGCCAUGCGUCAGACUCUAGGUGGGGCGGGCGCUCUGUCAUAUGCUGGCGCUGUACAAUCGACCCCUCAGGACUGGCAUAUCGAAUUCAGCGUGAACGACCAGCCACUCUCCAAUGAGACAACAAUCUACCGCGCUGUGCACUUUAGCCAGGCGCAACCAGCGGACGGAUCACAUCGCUCGGUUUGGAACGGUAUUCAUACCAUCAAGUUCAAGCGGGUGCAGGGCCCUCCACCAAGCGAGCCUAGCUCCUUGACACCACCGCCAGAGUCGCGUUCGGACGUUUCGGGUAUGCCGGCCUCACUUGAUCAACACCCUGUGACAUCUGGUAUUUUGCGAUUGCUCAGCAUACUUCACGGACUCAAUUCGCACCUUGACGACAUCCUACUGGCAAAUAAGGAACAGGUCAAACUGAAUGCUGAGCCGCUUUCGCAAUUCGUCAACACGAAGCUCACAGCCAAACUCAACCGUCAGUUAGAAGAGCCUCUCAUUGUAGCUAGCAACUGCCUUCCUAGUUGGAGCGAGGAUCUGGCUCGGUUCUAUCCAUUCCUUUUCCCGUUCGAGACACGCCACCUCUUCCUACAGUCUACCUCGUUCGGCUACUCUAGGUCGAUGACGCGAUGGCAGAACUCGCAGCCCACAAGUGACUCACGGGAUAGCCGUCAUAGGGAUGAGCGGCCGUUCCUAGGUAGACUUCAACGCCAGAAGGUUCGCAUUUCUAGGUCCCGAAUCUUGGAGUCCGCCAUGAAAGUCAUGCAACUGUACGGACAUUCGGCUAGUGUCCUGGAGGUCGAGUACUUUGAGGAAGUUGGAACUGGUUUGGGACCGACGCUGGAAUUCUACUCCACCGUAUCCCGCGAGUUCUCCAAGAAGAAGCUGAAGCUUUGGCGAGAGAAUGAGUCCAGCGAUCAGGACGAAUAUGCUUUCGGCAAGCGAGGACUCUACCCCGCUCCCAUGAGCACCGAAGAAGCAAGCACUGAGAAUGGCGAGAAGCGUCUCGAGCUGUUCAAGAUUCUGGGCAAGUUCGUCGCUCGCUCCAUGCUGGACUCUCGCAUCAUCGACGUGUCCUUCAACCCGACAUUCUUCCGCAUCAGCGACGGUUCCAGCGCAGCAGUGGCACCAUCUCUUGGAGCGAUCAAAGCGGUCGAUGAAGACUUGGCCAAGUCUCUGGUUCUGCUCAAGCAAUUUGCCGAUGCAAAGAAGAAGGUUGACAAUGACAAUCUGAGCGCAGCCGCAAAAGCGGCGGCUCUGAACGACAUUGUCAUCCAAGAUUGCCGGGUCGAAGACCUAGCUCUCGACUUUACACUUCCUGGUUAUGGUACCAUCGAGCUUAUUCCGAACGGUGCGGAUACCUCUGUCACUAUCGAGAACGUCGACACGUAUGUAGAGAAGGUCAUCGACUUCACCCUUGGCUCUGGUGUCCAGCGCCAGGCAGAUGCCUUCCGUGCCGGCUUCACAGAGGUCUUCCCAUACUCUGCUCUCAAGGCAUUCACCCCAGAUGAGUUGGUCAUGUUAUUCGGUCGGACCGAUGAGGAUUGGUCGCUUGAGACUCUUAUGGAUUCCAUCAAAGCAGACCACGGCUACAACCUCGACAGCAAGAGCGUACGCAACUUGCUUGCCACCAUGAGCGAGUUCGAUGCGCAGGAGCGUAGGGACUUCUUGCAGUUCAUCACCGGCAGCCCCAAGCUACCAAUUGGAGGCUUCAAGGCUCUCACACCAAUGUUCACGGUCGUUUGCAAACCCAGCGAGCCGCCCUACUCAUCCGACGACUACCUCCCUUCCGUCAUGACCUGUGUCAACUACCUCAAGAUGCCCGACUACAGCACCGUCGACAUUUUGCGGGAGAAGCUCAGCGUAGCCAUCCGCGAAGGUCAAGGCGCCUUCCAUCUUUCCUAG